UCUAAUAUGACCCCGUGAGAGUACAAUACAGUUAUGCACGUAGGAAGUCUUGAAGCAGAUGGGAUGUAAUGUGGUGUGGUCGCGUUGCAUAUUCGCCUUCUUCUCUGCUGCUUCGUAAAGACUGGCCUUUGGUGUCGAUAGAAUGGCGCGGUUUGAAAACGAGGUACCGUCCAGGUAUGGAGGAGGACCCGGCCCAGGGGGCCCCGGUCGCGGCGGCGGUAGACAAGGUGGCCCGCCGGGCCAAAGGGUGUACAAGCAGUCCAUGGCCCAGCGAGCCAGAACUAUGGCCCUGUACAAUCCGAUACCGGUUCGACAGAACUGCUUAACUGUCAACCGUUCCCUGUUCAUCUUCAGUGAGGACAACUUUGUGAGAAAAUACGCCAAAAAGAUCACCGAAUGGCCUCCUUUCGAGUACUUGAUCCUGGCCACCAUCUGCGCCAACUGCGUCGUCCUCGCCCUGGAACAGCACUUGCCUGACGGGGAUAAGACACCCAUGUCUGAGCGCCUGGAUGACACAGAACCCUAUUUCAUCGGCAUCUUCUGCUUCGAGUCGGGCAUCAAGAUCCUGGCUCUGGGCUUUGCCUUCCACAAGAACUCCUACCUACGCAAUGGCUGGAAUGUCAUGGAUUUUGUAGUGGUGCUCACUGGAAUCCUCUCCACGAUUGGGUCGGAGUUUGACCUGCGGACCCUUCGUGCCGUGAGAGUGUUGAGACCCCUCAAAUUGGUGUCUGGGAUUCCCAGCCUGCAGGUGGUGCUCAAAUCCAUCAUGAAGGCCAUGAUCCCUCUCCUGCAGAUUGGUUUGCUGCUGUUCUUUGCCAUUCUCAUGUUUGCCAUCAUAGGCCUUGAGUUUUACAUGGGGAAGUUCCACACCACCUGCUUUGACAUCUACACAGAUGAGAUUCGGGAGGAGUAUCCCUGUGGUGUUGAGCCUCCGUCUCGUCUUUGUCCUAACGGCACCAUCUGUAAGCAGUACUGGCUCGGCCCUAACUACGGCAUCACACAGUUUGACAACAUCCUGUUCGCCAUCCUCACCGUCUUCCAGUGCAUCACCAUGGAGGGCUGGACAGACCUCCUCUACUAUAGCGACGACGCCUCUGGAGGCGCCUGGAACUGGAUGUACUUCAUCCCCCUCAUCAUCAUCGGCUCCUUCUUCAUGCUCAACCUGGUGCUGGGUGUCCUGUCCGGGGAGUUUGCCAAAGAGAGGGAGCGUGUGGAGAACAGGAGUGAGUUUCUGAAGCUGAGGCGACAACAGCAGAUUGAGAGGGAGCUCAACGGCUACCUGGAGUGGAUCUGCAAAGCAGAAGAAGUUAUUCUGGCGGACGAAGACGUCGAAACGGACGACCGGAUGCCCUUUGAUGGGUCGCGGAGAAGGCCCACCCUCAAGAAGAACAAGAACGACCUCUUGAACCCAGAGGAGGCAGAAGGAGACGCUCUAGGCUCUCCGUUCGCCCGUGCCAGCCUGAAGAGCUCCAAGCUGGAGGGCUCCACCUGGGACAAGCGGGAGCGGCGGCUUCGCUUCUUCGUCCGCCACGUGGUGAAGACGCAGGCCUUCUACUGGUCCGUGCUCUGCCUGGUGGGCCUCAACACGCUGUGCGUGGCCGUGGUGCACUACGACCAGCCCGACUUCCUCUCCGACUUCCUCUAUUUUGCCGAGUUCAUUUUUCUGGGCAUCUUCAUGUCGGAGAUGUGCAUCAAGAUGUAUGGACUGGGGACGAACCCUUACUUUCACUCCUCCUUCAACUGCUUCGACUGCAUUGUCAUAUGUGGCAGCAUAUUCGAGGUCCUCUGGGCAAUGAUCCAGCCUGGCACCUCCUUUGGCAUCAGUGUGUUGCGCGCUCUCAGGUUGUUGAGGAUCUUCAAAGUGACCAAGUACUGGGCCUCACUGAGGAACCUGGUGGUCUCCCUGCUCAACUCCAUGAAGUCCAUCAUCAGCUUGCUCUUCCUCCUCUUCCUCUUCAUCGUGGUCUUUGCUCUUCUGGGCAUGCAGCUCUUCGGGGGCCAGUUUAACUUUGAAUCCGGCACUCCCCCUACCAACUUUGAUACCUUUCCUGCAGCAAUAAUGACAGUGUUCCAGAUCCUGACUGGAGAGGACUGGAACGUGGUGAUGUAUGAUGGCAUCGAGUCUCAGGGUGGAGUGCGGACGGGAAUGGUCUUCUCCGUCUUCUUCAUAGUGCUCACACUCUUUGGCAACUAUACCUUGCUUAAUGUAUUCUUGGCUAUCGCUGUGGACAAUCUGGCCAAUGCACAAGAGCUGACCAAGGAUGAGCAAGCGGAAGAGGCAGCAGCCAAAAAAGCGAAUUCCCUUGCGAAAGCCAAGGAGGUGGCUGAAGUGAGCCCACAGUCAGCGGCCAAUCUCUCCAUUGCAGCAGUUACAGUAAGCACAGAGCGUCUCAACGCUUCUGAACAAUUUCUGGACUGUAAAGAGCAGCAGAAGAAUAAUGACCAGAAGAACAACAAGAACUCAGUGUGGGAGCAGCGCACCGUUGAGCUCCGCAAACAGACACUGGUGAACAGCAGAGAGGCCCUUUACAACGAGCUGGAACCAGAAGACCGCUGGAAGGUGAACUACUCGCGUCACAUCCGGCCUGACACGAAGACCCACCUGGACAGGCCGCUGGUGGUGGACCCCCAGGAGAACCGCAACAACAACACCAACAAGACACGGCCGGGAGAGCGCGAGGCCGAGCAGGAGGCCAGGCUCAGUCAGCAGCGUGCCGAGGAGAUCUUCCGCAAGCAGACGCGGCUUCAUGAGCGUGCAGGAAGCACGGGAGGAGGGGAAGGGGGAGAGGGAGGAGGAGGAGGAGGAGGAGGAGGAGGAGGAGGAGGAGAUGAAGGUGCAGGCGCAGGAGGAGAAGGUGGUUCUGGUCCGGGGAGACCUUACGAGAGAGCUGACUCCACCGAGUCCUCUUCACGGCGGAACCGCAAGGAACCGGAGGGCGAGCACCAGAGCCAAAACCACCACAGCCAUCCGCCCCCACACCACCACCACCACCACCACCACCCGUGCGGGAGCGUGACAAACCUCGAGGGAGGGGAGGAGAAGCCACACAGGCGUAGCCACCACAGGGGCCAGAGCUGCCGUACCCGCGACCCGGAGGGGAAAGGCCCCGAGCAGCAGCACCGUAGGCCCCGGGGCCACCGCAGGGCCCACGAGGACGAGGAGGGAGGAGGAGGACGCAGACACCGGAGCAGGAAGAGCGAGGAGGGAGGGGCCAACUCUGAGGGCGGGGAACGCAAGCCCAGGAGGCAUCGCCACAGCGCCCCCUCAGGCAGCGAGGGGGAGUGCAAGCGGGAGAGAGGAGAGAGGGUCCGCCAACACAGAGUCAGGAAGGAAGGCCAGUCAGGCGGACCCACUCUCUCUACCACGCGGCCUAUCCAGAAGAGCCUCUCCAGGCAGGACAGUGUGUACAGUGAGGACCUAGACAACGUGAUGAACAGCAAGCUGGCCACCCAGCCACCCACUGGCACCUCCUCCGGCCGCAACCGUGGCAACGCCAUCACCGCCACCACCACCCACACCAGCCUCCUCAACCUGGCCAACAGCAGCCACAGCCUCUACCAGCCAACCCCCGGCCCCGAGGGGGGGCACAUGCCCAGCCACGCCACCAGCAUGGCCUACCUGACCUGCAUGGGCUACCCACGGCCGGACCACACCGCUCUGGACAUGCCACCCAUGUUCCCCUCGCACAACGCCAUCCUGCAAAUCAAUAGAAAUGCAAACACUGAGCCUCUCCCCAAAAAGGAGGAUAAGAAUGACGACGAUGAUGACCCAAAAGUUAGCGGUGGUCCCAGGCCCAUGCCUCCGUAUUCCUCCAUGUUCAUACUGUCCACCACCAAUCCGUUUCGGAGACUGUGCCAUUACAUUGUUACACUGAGUUACUUUGAAAUGACCAUCCUGUUGGUCAUCGCAAUGAGCAGUAUCGCCUUGGCUGCUGAAGACCCGGUCUGGCCUGAGUCCCCUCGGAACAAUGUGCUGCGCUACUUUGACUAUGUCUUCACUGGAGUCUUCACCUUUGAGAUGCUGAUUAAGAUGGUGGACCUGGGUCUGGUCCUGCACCAGGGCUCCUAUUUCCGCGACCUUUGGAACAUCCUGGACUUUAUAGUGGUUAGUGGUGCCCUGGUGGCCUUCGGCUUCACCAGCGGCGCGGGAGGAAGUAGCAAAAGCAAAGACCUCAGCACCAUCAAGUCUUUGCGUGUGUUGAGAGUAUUGCGGCCUCUGAAGACCAUCAAGAGGCUUCCCAAACUCAAAGCUGUGUUUGACUGUGUGGUGAACUCCCUGAAGAAUGUGCUCAAUAUCCUCAUCGUCUACAUGCUCUUCAUGUUCAUCUUCGCUGUUGUGGCCGUGCAGCUCUUCAAGGGAAAGUUCUUUUACUGCACAGAUGAGUCCAAGGAGUUUGAGCGCGAUUGCAGGGGCGAAUAUUUAGUGUAUGAGCGUGAUAACGAGGUGAAGGCGCAGAAGAGGGAGUGGAAGAAGUACGAUUUCCACUACGACAAUGUGCUCUGGGCCCUGCUCACCCUCUUCACCGUGUCUACCGGAGAGGGGUGGCCGCAGGUGCUGAAACAUUCAGUCGAUGCGACUUAUGAGAAUCAGGGCCCGAGCCCGGGAUACAGGAUGGAAAUGUCCAUCUUUUACGUGGUGUACUUCGUGGUCUUCCCCUUCUUCUUCGUCAACAUCUUCGUGGCUCUUAUCAUCAUCACCUUCCAGGAGCAAGGAGACAAAAUGAUGGAGGACUACAGUCUGGAAAAGAAUGAGAGAGCCUGCAUAGACUUUGCUAUCAACGCCCGGCCGCUGACGCGACACAUGCCCCAGAACAAGCAGACCUUCCAGUAUCGUAUGUGGGAAUUUGUGGUGUCGCCGCCGUUCGAGUAUACAAUCAUGGCCAUGAUCGCGCUCAACACCGUCGUGCUCAUGAUGAAGUAUGAUGGAGCCUCCGACACCUAUAAUGCUGUGCUGGCCAACUUGAACAUCGUUUUUACCUCACUGUUUUCCAUGGAGUGUAUACUGAAGAUCAUUGCCUUUGGGGUUUUGAACUACUUCAAAGACGCCUGGAACAUCUUUGACUGUGUGACAGUCGUCGGGAGCAUCACAGAUAUUCUAGUCACAGAGCUUGGGAUGAAUAACUUCAUAAACCUGAGUUUUCUGCGGCUUUUCCGAGCUGCUCGACUCAUUAAACUGCUCAGGCAGGGCGAGACCAUUCGCAUCCUGCUCUGGACCUUUGUGCAGUCCUUUAAGGCUCUGCCAUACGUGUGCCUGCUCAUCGCCAUGCUCUUCUUCAUCUACGCCAUCAUCGGCAUGCAGCUCUUUGGGAACCUAGCUAUUGAAGAAGAGCAACAGAGUGCCAUCAAUCAACACAACAACUUCAGGGCCUUCUUCCAGGCACUCAUGCUGCUCUUCAGGAGUGCCACAGGAGAGUCGUGGCACGAUAUCAUGCUGUCUUGUCUGGGUGGGAAGAAGUGUGACCGGCUCACUGGCAAUGAAGACAACGAGUGUGGCAGCGAGUUUGCCUACCUCUACUUUGUCUCCUUUAUCUUCCUCUGCUCCUUCCUGAUGCUGAAUCUGUUUGUGGCUGUCAUCAUGGACAACUUCGAGUACCUCACGAGAGACUCCUCUAUUUUGGGGCCUCACCAUUUGGACGAGUAUGUGAGGAUAUGGGCCGAGUAUGAUCCUGCUGCCUGUGGCAGAAUCAGUUACGUUGAUAUGUAUGAGAUGCUCAGGCAAAUGUCUCCACCGUUAGGCCUGGGGAAGAAGUGCCCGGCACGGGUUGCCUACAAGGUAGAAGGCCUCUCUGUGGGGCCAGCGCUGUGUUUGUAGUGUUGGUGUUUUUUGUUUUGAUUUGUUUUCUCUCUCUCUUUUUCUGUUCAUUUCUUUUUCUGUGUCUUUUUGUCGAACGGGAGCGCUAUUGGGGGAGGGUUGUGGGUGGCAUAGUAGGAGCAGUCAGGCUCAUCCACAGGGAGGGGGGAACGGAAGGAUCUUCUCAGUGCUAUUGCACCGUAUGCCGCACCCUCAUAAACACACACACACACAGACAGACAGACACACACACACACACACACACACAUUGACAGAUGCAUAAACACUGUACUAUCACAUAUAUGCAUGCAACUCACAUAUUCAAAUCUGUGUGUCACUUAGGCGAUCUUGCUCAUUCAAAACAACUGAACUAAUCUUGUCCAAUAAAACUGGACAUCAACCGCUAAUAAUAAUCAUAUUGAUAACAUCCUCCAGGAUCCUGAUGCAACACAUACAUUGAAGUGAAUGCUUUAAUGUAUAUACGCUCAAAUUGUGGGGAAAGGGAAGAGUAGCAUUCAGCAUAUGUACACACAGCCUACACAUGCUCAGAAUCACACACACACACACACACACACACACACACACACACAUGCUCCCAUACACUCACCAAAGUGCGAGUGCAGCAGGGCUGGGAAGGGCCAAAGGACUUCAGUCCUCCGAGUCUCCUCUGCCUGUGGAUGGCGCUACACAUCAAUCAAUCAGACACGCGCCCCAGUGACUGUUCUUGUGGAGGACCAGGUCUCUGUCUCUCUCGUUUGAUUUUGUGUUCACGCACACACACAGACAUACAUGCAUAUACAUAAAAAAAACUUUUUUUAAAAACAAACAUUAGCUUCUUUUACAGGAAAGAGGGCAGAAGUAGGCUAAAGAAGCUUAAAAUAUUCGAUUUGAAUUACCGGAUACUAUAGUGUUAUUUUCUUUCUUUUUCGUUUUGAAGCAACUAGCUUUUUAAAAACCCCAAACCGUUUCCCCCGGCAACUGAAUUGCCGUGCCGACCGGCUUACCGUACCUGUCCUUUGUUUCUUCUUCUGUCAAUGCAGUUGGAAUCUGUUUCCAGCUCCGCCAGCAUGCUAGACCCCCCCCCCCCCCCAGUCCCCCCCAGAGUCCUGC